CUCGUAUUAACGAUAUGGACGGCAGUUUUUAUUUAAAUCAUUAUAAAUUAUUCAAUACAUAUGCGUUUCAUUAGAACUUUUCAGUAGCAAAUAAAUAUUAUAUUAAUGGCUCCCGGAAGACUUACUGAAAAGGCAGCAAUUGUUACCGGUGGUGGAAGCGGAAUAGGUAGAGCAGUUUGUGAAGUAUUUGCAAGAGAAGGGGCUAGCGUUGCCGUUCUUGAUAUCAACGGCCAACAUGCGUCCGAGACCGUUAAACUGCUGUUAACAAACCACCAAAACACACAUUGUUUUAUCGAAACAGAUGUGUCAUCGGUUGAAAAUGUUAAAGAGGCAUUUUUGAAGUCACAGAAGGAAUUGUCAAAAACAUGCACUAUUCUUAUAAAUUGUGCUGGAAUAUUACGUGGAGAUUCAUUCGUCAACAUGAAAGAUGAUGACUUUGAUGAUGUCAUUCGGGUUAAUCUGAGAGGAUCAUUUCUUACGUCGAGGGAAUUUUUAAAAUCACUGGAAAAUGUGGAAGAUUCAAAUGGGAGCAUUGUCAAUAUUUCUAGCCUCGUCGGGAAAAUGUCGUAUUUUGGGCAAGGUAGUUAUUGUGCUUCCAAACACGGUGUUCUAGGUAUAACAAAAACGAUCGCUGCUGAAUAUCCAUUACACAAAAUUCGGUGUAAUGCUGUGCUUCCUGGGGCAAUAGAUACCCCGAUGAUUAGCUCAAUCAACCCUGAAUUAUUGGAACAAGUGAGAAAAACAAUACCUAUGGGUCGAAUAGGCAAACCUGAGGAAGUUGCAAAUGCAUGUUUAUUCCUGGCAUCGGAUGAGAGUUCAUACGUUAACGGAGCUUGCCUAGAAGUAACUGGUGGAGUAGGUGUUUAAAAGAUAACUCGAUAAAACGCUUUCUAUGAGACACCUCCAUUAUUGUCUCUUGUCAUUUCGAGAGCGAUUGAUCUCGAACCCGAAAAGAUAAGCGAAUUGCUGUCUCCAAAGAAGAUACAACAUGUCAAAAAGUUAAAUGUUUAAAAUCUUAUUGAUGUACAAAUUAUCCAUUGCGAUAUUUUCAUUUAAAUAUAGCAUGAAACCUUUUAAAUUUUGGAAUAAACAAUUCUCAAGAAUAUAAAAA